UUUCCCAUGAUUCUGUGCGACGUUAGCCACUGUGCUGGAUGACAGCUAUCCGGCGCCAACAGCGACAGACUCUCACAACGCAAGAGCCAUGGCGGCCACGGGUGGAGGGAAAAUCAGAAGCAGGAGAUAUCACAUCGCCUCUAAGCCGUACGCCAAGAGUAAACAGCAGCAGCAGCAGUCAGGCCUGAUCAGUCGAGUGACGGAUACGGUAAAGAGCAUCGUUCCUUCCUGGCUGCAGAAGUACUUUAAGAACGGAGAUGCUCCAGAGGAAGAAGAAGGAGGCGGUGGAGGGGGAGGACCGGGAGAUGUGAGGCAGCAUUGCCAGACUCCUCCUCUUCCUCCUAACGGCAAUGAAGAAGGACCGCCUUCCCUGGAUGGCCGCAGCACACCUGAGCCCAGCACGAGUAACACAGAGCCCUCAAACAGCCGGGCGUCUCUCAACUUUCAGGACUAUGUGCUGUCACGACCCCCCCUUAGCCGCUCCCACCUCCACUUCUCCCCGCUGGAGGCCUCGUCGCCCACCCUGGGGGCCCCCAGCGGGCUUGUCUCCCAGCCCUCCACGUCCUCGGCGCCGGGGCCCUUCUCCACCGGCUGCUCCUUAGUCAAAGAAAUCAAAGAUAACCUCUCGCAGCACGAGGACGACAACAUCUCCACCACCAGCGGCUUCUCCUCACGCGCCUCCGACAAAGAUGUGCCCACUUCCAAAACAGCGUCGCUUCCGCAGCUUUGGUCGCCAGAGGUGGACAGGACCAUCUCUGUGCCACAGCCCUCACAGUCCGGUCUGAAAAGGCCCGCCUUCAACCUGUCUGUCUUUGGCACUUCGGCCCAUUCCACGCUAAACAGCACGGUGUUGAACAACAGCCAUCUGGGAGACUCGCCCUUCUAUCCCGGCAAGACCACGUACGGCGGAGCCGCCGCCAAGAGCUGUCGCACCCGUCCCGGAACGCCUUAUCAGGCCCCGGUGAGGAGACAAAUUAAAGCCAAACCCGCUGGAGCGCAGCCCUGCGGGGUGACCAGCGCCACCGCCAGGCGCAUCCUGCAGUCUUUGGAGCGCAUGUCAAGUCCUCUGGCAGAUGCCAAGAGGAUCCCUGCGGCAGCAUCCCCUCGCUCCACAUCACUGGAUGAUACCAAUCUUGAUGUGUCACAUUUCCAGUCCAAAAAGAAAAGGCUGGAUUCCAACCUCCCGCCGGUGCAGAAGCUCGUUGUUCCUGCUGCACUGCCAUCCUCGGCAAAUCGCUCCGUCUCCUUCAGGCCUAGCCUGACCCCAGGAGGGCUUAGCCGAACCCUGGACCGGACCCCAAGAGACACGCCUCUCAGACAAUCGCCGCUACUACCUGAUAGAAGGCCCGGCCCCUCCCAAAGCACAGCGGGCUCCAGUGGGGGCCCGGCCUACCCCAUGUCCAGCACACCUGCAGCGUCCAGCAGUUCUGGGGGCGGCAAGAUGAAGCGAGAGAGGACCAGCACAAGGCCAUCCUCCAAGCGCAUGGAAGAUGACGAGGUGGCUGAAGUACCAGACCUUCCAAGCAUUUCACUCCCCAUCAGCACGUCUGCCUUGCCUGCCUUCAGCUUCUCCUCCCCCCAGCCGGCCCUGGCUACCGGCUCCGCCUCCUCCUCCGCCUGCGUCGCUUCCGGCAUUGCCGUCACUCUGGAGACAAGUGCGUCACCCCCGUGUGCACCCUUUACCUUCUCCUCACCCAUCGUCAAAGCAAUUCCUACUAGUCCUCCAGCCUUCUCCCCUACGGCUGGCUUCACGUUCAGCGCCCCUGUAGCCAAGCUAGGUCCCUCCCUGUCCAAUGGGAAGCUGGCCACGCCCAUAGCGACGGCAGUCAAAUCGCCAAGCACAGAAGACUUUGAAGGACCUUUCAAACCAGCUAAGACAUUGAAGCAAGGCAGCGUGCUGGACCUCCUCAAAGCUCCUGGCUUUGCUUCCAUGCCUGCACAAAAGUCAUCCAGCUCUGAUGACUCUUUCCAGAAGACCUCCUCACAGUCCAUUGCCACCACCACUACCACCUCCUCCUCCGCCCCAGCAGGCCUUAGUGACUUAUUCAAAGCCCCCGCAGGGUGGAGCUGUGACACGUGUUUUGUGCAAAACAAGCCCACUGAUACAAAAUGCGUUUGCUGCACGGUGGCUCGGCCCAGCGCCUCAUCCUCUUCCUCAUCCUCGUGCAAAGCAGCAAGCGUCCCCUCCUCAGCCCCGAAGAGCAGCCCAGCAAACAGCACCUCCUCCAAGCCCACGGGAACCUGGUUGUGCGACACCUGUCUGGUCAUCAACAAGGCCGACGCCGUCAAGUGCGUGGCCUGCGAGACGGCCAAGCCCGGAACAGGGCUCAAGCCGCCAGCUUCCUUUUCGGCCUUCUCUGCUCCCAAGACCCUCCCCGGUCCCUCAGUGACCGCCCCCACCCUGCCGUUAGCUGUUGGAGAGCUGAAAAAGCCUGAGGGACCGUGGGAGUGUGACGUGUGCUGGGUUCAGAACAAGGCAGAGGAUACAAAAUGUAUAGCCUGCUCAAGCGCUAAACCAGGAGCGCCAGCAGGAACCUCCUCUGCAGCCGCCGGUGCACCGUCGUUUGGCUUUGGGGACAAGUUCAAGAAGCCGGAGAACGCUUGGGAUUGUGACGUGUGUCAGCUGCAGAACAAGGCUGCUGAUGUCACCUGCGUCGCCUGUCAGGGAGCCAAACCUGGAGCUCAGGUGGAGCCCAAAGGAUUUACGUUUGGCACAUCGAAUGUUACCUCUCUAUCCGGAUCUGGAGGGAUUAAGUUCGGGGUGGCAACGUCGCAAUCCUCCUCGUUCUCGGCGGGUGGAUUCAAGUUUGGUAUCCCGUUUGGAAGCGCCCCACCAGAAAGUGCAUCUAAAGACACUAGUAGCUCCUUGGGGUUCAAGUUCAGUGGGCCGUCAGAGGGUUUUAAGUUUGGGGUUUCUUCUGCUGAUGAGAAGAAGUCGGAGCAACCCGCCGCAGCAUCCCAGAUGAAGUUUGGAAGCAGCGGUGGGAACAUGUUUGGAACCGGAUCACCUGGCACGGAAAGCAUCUCCUCCAAGAGCACCUUCAGCUUUGGUCUCACAAAGCCUGAAGAGAAAGCACCAGCCGCGACCACACCCUCUGUUACGGUUGCACCGCCUGCUUCCUCUUCCUCUACGGCCUCAGCCAAUGACGGCACGUCCACAAGCACCGCCACCGGGUCUGUGUUUAGAAGGCUGGGGGAGGCCGCCCCGGCCGCCUCCACGACAUUUGCAUCGUUAACCGCCGAGACAAAGCCGCCCGCUCCCGCGUUGCCAUUCGUGAAGCCCGAGGAGAAGGAGGAAGCACCAGCCACCUCCACACCAUCCAGCUUCCUGUUCGGUGGCACCAGCAAAGAUGCAGAGACCGCGCCAGCCACCUUGGGGGGCUUUUUCUUCAGCAAGCCGAGCGUUCCGGCGGAGCAGGCACAGCCCACGUUCGCGUUUGGCAAACCCGCUGAUAAGAGCGACGGUUUGAAUUCGGAGGCUCCAAAGCCCGCUUUUACUUUUGGACAAGCGGCCACAGACUCCGAUGCUCCAAAAGCUGCCUUCUCUUUCCUGACCACCAAGCCUCCCAGCACCUCAUCAGGCCCCGCCCCCACCCCCAGCCUGUUCGGCAUGAGCGUCAUCACCCAAGCGGCGCCCGCUCCUGCCGCGGCCCCCAGCACUUUCAUGUUCGGUCAGCCCGCCGCGGGCGCCAGCGACGCUCCCCCGGCCAAAGCCUUCGUCUUUGGACAGAACCAGGACAGCCAACUGCCCGUUACCUCCACCCCGGCCCCCUCGCAGCCGUUCGUUUUUGGUGCCGGAGCCAGCACCGCGCCUCCCGCCGCGCCUCCCGCCGCUCCUUCCAUCACUUUUGGAGGGUCGACGCCCACUGCUGCCCCCCCUGCAGCCCCCAACCCCUUCCUCGUCAGCUUGUCAACCCCCCCGAAGUUUGGUGCCAGUCAGGCUCCGGCAUUUGGGUCAUCUUUUGCUUCCCAGUUCCCGUCCGCCACUUCCCACACGCCAAUGUUUGGAGCCAAGCCCGCCGACGCCCCCGUCUUUGGUCAGCAGGCCAACCCCACCCCUGCCUUUGGCGCCGCCGCCAACUCUGCACAAGGUGCGGGCUUUCAGUUCGGAGGAGCCGGUGCGUUCGGGUCCUCAAACAGCACAGGAGUUUUCACUUUUGGGGCCGGAGCAGCGGCAUCUCCCGCCCCGGCUGCCAGCCCCGCCCUCGCACCGCAGUCGGGACCACCUGGAGGCGGAUUCAACUUUUCGCAGCCUCUGGCUUUUAAUAUCGGGUCAUCCAAGUCCUUCACCCCUUCUCCCGCUGGACAAACAAUCGGCGGACGCAAGAUCAAGACGGCUGUACGGCGCCGUAGAACGUAGACGUGCUUUGUGUGACGUGACGUGCGGACAGCGAAAUGACCUUUUGGAGGAAGGUCCGCCGCUCUGUUUGUUUUUGUACCCCCACCCACAGGGGGUCAGGUGGGUCUGUGGGUGUUCUCCUGCUGCCGACUGAACAAAAGACACCGACAGCCAUCCUGCCCUGAACGCCACCAGCGGACAUCUUUGUUUCCAACACCGGCGCGUGUCUGCCAGACUCCAGGCAUGGCCACCCCCCCCCCCCCCCACCCCCCCACCCCCUCAGCUUUGUUUGUAAUGAAAGGAGACGUGCUGCGGCGAAUAGCUGAGUGCAGACUUUGUAGAGCCGUGGCGUGCAGAGCGUCCGUACGCCACGCUGGAUGUACACUGACCCCCCCGCCCCCGCCCCCACCUCCAUGUAUAGACUUGAGGUGUGUUUGUAUACGUAUGCGAGUUGUUAGCAAGCAAAUGAAUGUUUGGAAAGGAAAGGAGGGGAGGAAGGAAGGAAAGGAGGGACUUUGUAAAUGCAUCCUUUUCAUCUUCCAUGUUUGACAUGUGUGCUUUGCUCCACCUUCUUUUUCACUCUUCUUGCCCUCUCGUUUCUUUCCCGUCCUUCCGACCUCACGCUCGCCCUUUAUCUCUCUCUCUUUAUCUCUCUCUCUCUCUCUCUCUCUCUCUCUCUCUAUCGGCCUUUGAAUAUGAUACAAACGUGUAAAUAGUGAUUUUUUUUUUUUUAUCUGUGAAGUUGAUUUUGUGAGUGUGUGCGUUACCAGCUCUGUUGAGCCUUUUUUUUUUCUCUAGAAUUGUCUGAGUCCCUAUAUUCAAAGUUGCCCCAAUCCAUUUAAUAGGAGCUAACAUGCUAAUUGGAGAGCCUUUGCUGACUAAAGGCCGAUUUGGCUCACUGAUCCACUUUUGUUUGGACCAAAAGCAGUAUUGUACAAAGUAUUAAGUAUAUAUUUUUCUAUGGCGUGAUUAAAUGGACCAGGGUGACUUUGGAUGAUAAGGAAGUUGAGUUUCAUUUUAAAGCCAUGACGAUGAUGACGAUGAUGAUGAUGAUUAGCGGAUGAGUGAUAAAAGUUCCAAACCAUGGUUCAUUACCAUCAAUAAAAGUAUCCAAUGAAA